AAAUAGUGACUACACAUUUCUUGCAUUGGCUACACUGCGAUUGUGAAGCCUGUUUCGUCGCUCUUCCGGCUUACGUCGGUCUUUCACGAUCUUUCAGACGAGCAAAAUGGCUGAUCAGAGCGAGCGCGCCUUCCAGAAACAACCUACAAUCUUUCUUAACCGUAAGAAAGGUUUGGGCCCAAAGCGUAGGAAGCCUAUGAGAUAUAGCCGCAAUGUCGGGCUCGGUUUCAAAACACCUCGUGAAGCUCUCGAGGGAACCUAUAUUGAUAAGAAAUGCCCAUUCACUGGCAAUGUAUCGAUUAGAGGACGUAUCCUGACUGGUGUUGUACAAAAGAUGAAGAUGCAACGUACUAUAGUUAUCCGCAGGGAUUAUUUGCAUUACAUUAGGAAGUAUAACCGUUUUGAAAAGCGUCAUCGCAAUAUGAGCGUCCACCUUAGUCCUUGCUUCAGAGAUGUAGAAAUUGGUGACGUAGUCACUAUUGGAGAAUGCAGACCUUUGAGCAAGACAGUAAGAUUUAAUGUAUUGAAGGUUUCGAAAGGAACAGGAUCAAAGAAAAGUUUCAAGAAGUUCUAAACAUCUCUUCAGUAAUGAAUCAUUGGCACAGAUUUCAAGAAUGAGGUAAGAAAAAAUGCAAAACUUUCCAACCAAGUGUUAUACAAUCCUGUAUUGUAAUAUUGUAGCAUAUAUACAAUUCUGUAUUGUAUUGUGUAAUAUUCUCAUUCGAAAUCUGGUAAAAUGACAAAUAAAAUAAUUUCUAUAAAAA